AGGGGAGGGCGGCAGCCGGCUGGGGAUGGGCGGCCCGGCUGUGCCCAGGGGCGCCAGGGGGCUCCGUGCACUGCUGCUGGCGCUGGUGGUCGCGGGAGUUCCCGCGGGCGCCUACAACCUCGACCCACAGCGCCCCGUGCGCUUCCAGGGCCCCGCCAACUCGUUCUUCGGCUACGCGGUGCUGGAGCAUUUCCACGACAACACGCGCUGGGUCCUCGUGGGCGCACCAAAGGCAGAUUCCAAAUACAGCACCUCAGUGAGGUCCCCUGGGGCUGUGUUUAAGUGCCGUGUUCACACCAACCCUGACCGGAGAUGCACCGAACUGGACAUGGCGAGAGGGAAGACUCGGGGCACGUCCUGCGGAAAGACCUGCCGGGAAGACCGCGAUGAUGAGUGGAUGGGGGUGAGCCUGGCCCGGCAGCCCAAGGCCGACGGCCGUGUGUUGGCCUGUGCCCAUCGCUGGAAGAACAUCUACUAUGAAACUGACCACAUCCUGCCACAUGGCUUCUGCUACGUCAUCCCCUCCAACCUCCAGGCCAAAGGCAGGACGCUGAUCCCUUGCUAUGAAGAGUAUAAGAAGAAGUACGGAGAGGAACACGGCUCCUGCCAGGCUGGGAUAGCGGGCUUCUUCACCGAGGAUCUGGUGGUGAUGGGGGCGCCAGGGUCAUUUUAUUGGGCCGGAACCAUCAAAGUGCUGAACCUUACGGACAACACCUAUUUAAAACUGAACGACGAAGUGAUCAUGAGCAGGCGGUACACCUAUCUGGGCUACGCAGUGACCGCUGGACACUUCUCUCAGCCGUCCACCACCGACGUGGUAGGAGGUGCCCCACAGGACAGAGGCAUCGGCAAGGUUUAUAUUUUCAGAGCCGACCGAAGAUCAGGCACCUUAAUUAAGAUCUUUGAAGCAUCAGGUAAAAAGAUGGGCUCUUACUUCGGCUCCUCCUUGUGCGCAGUUGACCUGAAUGGGGACGGCCUCUCUGACCUGCUGGUGGGGGCCCCCAUGUUUUCUGAGAUCAGGGAUGAGGGACAGGUCACCGUCUACAUCAACAGAGGAAACGGAGCCCUUGAGGAGCAGCUGACUCUGACCGGGGAUAGUGCCUACAAUGCGCACUUUGGAGAGAGCAUUGCCAGCCUGGAUGAUCUGGACGACGAUGGCUUCUUAGAUGUGGCCAUUGGUGCACCCAAGGAGGACGACUUCGCAGGGGCGGUCUAUAUCUAUCAUGGUGAUGCCGGUGGGAUAGUCCCUCAGUACUCAAUGAAACUGUCUGGGCGGAAGAUAAAUCCAGUGCUCCGGAUGUUUGGCCAGUCCAUAUCGGGAGGGAUUGAUAUGGAUGGGAAUGGCUAUCCUGAUGUCACUGUUGGAGCCUUCAUGUCCGACAGCGUGGUUCUUCUGAGAGCGAGGCCUGUCAUUACAGUGGAUGUCUCCAUCUUCCUCCCGGGCUCCAUCAACAUCACGGCGCCUCAGUGUCAUGACGGACAGCAGCCUGUCAACUGCCUGAACAUCACCACCUGCUUCAGUUUCCAUGGCAAACACAUUCCAGGAGAGAUCGGCCUGAAUUAUGUUCUGACAGCUGAUGUGGUCACAAAGGAGAAGGGCCAGGUGCCCCGGGUCUACUUUGUGCUACUGGGAGAGACCGUGGGUCAGGUCACAGAGAAGCUGCAGCUCACUUACAUGGAGGAGACGUGUCAUCACUAUGUGGCCCAUGUGAAGCGGAGGGUGCAGGACGUCAUCAGCCCGAUCGUGUUCGAAGCAGCCUACAGCCUCGGUGAGCAUGUGACUGGAGAGGAGGAGAGGGAACUGCCGCCUCUGACACCGGUUCUCCGCUGGAAAAAGGGACAGAAGAUUGCCCAGAAGAAUCAGACGGUUUUUGAAAGGAAUUGCCGUUCGGAGGACUGCGCCGCGGACCUGCAGCUUCAGGGUAAACUGCUGCUCUCUAGUAUGGAUGAGAAAACCCUGUAUCUAGCGUUGGGGGCUGUGAAGAACAUCUCCCUAAACAUCUCUAUCUCCAACCUUGGGGAUGAUGCCUAUGACACCAACGUGUCCUUCAACGUUUCCCGGGAGCUCUUCUUCAUUAACAUGUGGCAGAAGGAGGAGAUGGGCAUCUCCUGUGAGCUGCUGGAAUUGGACUUCCUCAAAUGCAGCGUGGGAUUUCCUUUCAUGAGGUCAAAGUCGAAGUAUGAAUUCAGCGUGAUCUUUGAUACAAGCCACCUGUCUGGGGAAGAGGAAGUUCUCAGCUUCAUUGUUACUGCUCAGAGUGGCAACCUGGAGCGCUCUGAAUCCCUGCAUGACAACACCCUCACGCUGAUGGUGCCGCUGAUGCACGAGGUGGACACAUCCAUCACUGGAAUCAUGUCUCCAACCUCCUUUGUAUAUGGCGAGUCCAUGGAUGCAGCCAACUUCGUUCAGCUGGAUGACCUGGAGUGUCACUUUCAGCCCAUCAAUAUCACCCUUCAGAUCUACAACACUGGCCCGAGCACCCUUCCAGGGUCAUCCGUCAGCAUCUCUUUCCCUAAUCGACUGUCGUCUGAUGGUGCAGAGAUGUUUCAUGUCCAGGAAAUGGUGUAAGGAAGGCAUAGAAGGAGGCUUCCUCAGCUUGACAAAGCCCCUUGGCCAGAAACCUAGAGGAAACUUGGACCGAAGUGAGGAACGAGCACGAGUCCCCUGCUCAUUAGUUGCAUUGGAAUCAUAACCUUUCUUCAGAAAAAAGAAAGUAUCCCUAUUGUGAAAAUUGUUACUGUCUCCCCCCCCACCCCGCCCCUGCCGCGCCCCCCAAAAAAGGUAAUCAACUGAUUGGCUCUGAGGACUUGUGAAUACAGGAGGUAAGAGAUGAAGCUGACUGUAAGCUCCCUGAUCUUCACACACACACCCACCAGCUGAGGGGGAAAUGCUUCCGAGAUCCAGAUGGUUACAUGUAGCUUCUGACCAGUCAUUGGCUGAUCACUGAGCUGUUACAAAACCAGGCUUAAAAAUGAAAACAAGCGAGAGAGAGAUACAUAGGCAACAUAUAGUUUGCCAGCGGAAACAUGAGAGGCUGCACACUCCAGGGAAAACAGACUCCAAAGAAUUCAUCCAGACCAGUCACUAAACAAACAAAACCAAAAUAGUAACAACUACCCCCCAGUGGGAGGGGUAAGAAUCCAGCAUUGCUACAAUAUAUUAUCUAAAAUGUCCAAUCUAAACUCUCUCUCUCUCUCUCUCUCUCUCUCUCUCUCUCUCUCUCUCUGCAUAUAUCAUGUAUAUAUCUCAUGUUCCAUACAGGAACAAAAAAAAGUAGUUAAUAAAAAUUGUCUCUGAAGAACCCAGAUGUAGGACUUAACAGAGACUUGAAAGCGGCUAUUAUAAAUGUUUAAAGAACUAAAAUCAGGUUCAAAUAAUUAAGGUAUGACAACAGUGAUUCAUCAAGUAGAGAAUAUCCGUAAUAUCAAUGAAUGAAUUAAAAUAGGUGGAAAUUAAAUAAAUGAAAAAUAAAAUAGAUGGAAAUUAUAAAAAGAAGAAAGAGGGAAUUUUGGAAUUGAAAGUAAAACACAGUGCCGGGUGCGACGGCUCAUGCCUAUAAUCCCAGCACUUUGGGAGGCCUGAGGUCAGGAGGCGGAGACCAGCCUGACCAACAUGGUGAAACCCUGUCUCUACAAGAAAUACAAAAAUUAGCUGGGAGUGGUGGCGGGCACCUCAAAUUCCAGCUACCCAGGAGGCUGAGGCAGGAGAAUCCCUUCAACCUGGGAGACUGAGGUUGCAGUGAGCUGAGAUACACCACGGCACUCCAGCCUGGAUGACAGAGCAAGACUCUGUCAUAAAAAAUAAAAGUAAGUAAAACAGCUGACUGGGUGCAGUGGCUCAUGCCUGUAAUGCCAGCACUUUGGGAGGCCAAGGCAGAUGGAUCACCUGAGGUCAGGAGUUCAAGACCAGCCUGGCCACAUGGCGAAACCCCAUCUCUACAAAAACUACAAAUAGUUACCCAGGAGUGGUAAUCAGAGCAAUGCAAACUUAAAAUGAGGUUUUUCUUCUCAUUAAACUGGCAAAAAUCUAAAAAACUUUUAAGAUCCAUUGUUGGUUAAGAUGAAGAGAAAUGAGCACUUUCAAAUACUGCUGGUAUGAAAGGCAAUUUGACAGUAACUGACAAAAUUUGCAAUAUGAAUACCAACAAUUCCACUUUUAGGAAUCUGUCCCAAAAGCUUCACGUAAUGUAUCCAGGAGAAACUUCUAAUUUUGUGAUAGGAGGUAUAUAUUCUCAUGGUUCUCAGCAUAAAUGUUGACUUCUCCUGUUUGGUGAAGUAGAACAUAACUUUAAUAAUGCUCCCUUAGGAUCCUGAGAUAAAGCUGAUAGAUUCAGACCAAAAAGUAAUGAAUUCUUACUAACUUAUUACAGAUGGGUAUAGUGCAGAGGCACUGUAUCAAGUACAUUACAAGAACAAAGUCAUUCAAUCUUCAUGAUAAUUUUGUGAGGAAAUCGAGGCAAGGAAGAGUUAGAGGGAAGGCCAAGGUAAAUUGGUAAGCGGCUAAGUUAAUGUUCACUCUUGACAGUAGGGCUCACUGUGAAAUAGGAGUUCAGCAGGAUUUGUUUCUCAAGACAGGUCACCGAGACCCUGCUGCUAACGCAGGAUGUGGUAGAGUAGCCAGCUGAAGCCAGCCAGAACCAAGAUGGCGACACUCAUGAUAAUUCACCAGCACCAUGGCAAUUUACAGAUGCCAUGGUAACUCCUUGCCAACUCCUAGAAGUUACUCUAUAUGAUCUAAAAGAGAAAGAGCCUGGGUUCUGUAAUUCCCAGCCCCUCUCCUGUAAACCUCACGAAUAAUCCACCCCUUGUUUAGCAUUUAAUCAAGAAACAGCCAUUAAAAUAGCCGAGCAGCAGCCCUUGAAGCUCUGCUACCAAUGGGGUGACCACCUUUUAUUUCUUCACUUUUUUAAAUAAACUUGCGUUCACUUUACUCUCUGGACUUGCUCUUGAAUUCUUUCCUUUAAGAAGCCAAAACACGCAGGCCCUCCCAGGCCAAACCCCGAUUUGCGGGUUCACCCUGCCACAACUAUACAGUAUGGGGUCACGGGGAACCGCUGGUCCUUUGAAGCCUCACUGAAAAAUCAACUCAGAAAAGGCAGAUAAUGGGAGAAAAGGCACACAGAUUUGUUUAACUUGUAUAUACAGGAGCCUUCAGGAUGCAGACCCCACCCCACAGUAAGGUACAGGAGCCUUCAGGAUGAAGACCCCACCCCGCAGUAAGGAACAGAAGCUUAUAUAUCAUCUCGAGGUUAUGGAAAGAUGCAGGCUCAGAGAAUGGCCACAACCAGGUUUUCAUGGCAAGACAUGUUAUGGGGGAGAGAAAGAAAGAGGCGUGGCUAGCAAGGUGGCGGUGUUGUGUAGAUGAAGCCUCCCAGGUCCUAACCCCUAGAGAGAAUAGAUGGCGAAUUUUUUUUUCAGACUUGUAAAGGUGUCAGACUCAAUCUAUCCUAGAUCUCGGAAAGGCCUAGAAAGAGAAGGCCUGGCUGCGUUCAUGGAGAUUCUCUACAGAUGCAAAAUUUCGCCACAAGAGACAGCUUUGCAAGUCCACUUCUGUCUGCUGGCCGUGCAGCAGCCAUUUCAAACUGUGUCAAAGAAAUCUGUUUUGGGGUAAAACAUUUUUUACUUCCUUCAGCAGCCACGUGCAGGGACUUGCGCCCUCAUUUUGUGUGGGUGCCUAGCUGUCCAGCAGCUUAGCACUACCUGGAAGUUGAGGCGUGGUCGCAGAACGGAGGCGCCACCCAGGGCUGCCGAGUCAGAGCCUUCACUUCAGCAAGAUCCCCGGGGAUUCCUUUGUCUGUUCAUAAUUAAGAAGCCUCAUACUUAAACUCUGCUCUCCCAUUUGCUUAUCUGUAAUCUGCUGAUGACAGUCCUCACCACAAGAGGCUGUGGUGGGGAUUUUUUAAUCCACGUGUUCAUUCUUUCAACAAAUACUUUGCACCCAGCAUAUGCUAAACACCUACUGCAGAGAGGGAAGCAGACAAGAAGUAAUUUCCAGGCCUCAUGUAGCUUACGUUCUAGUGGGGAAAGACACAUAAUAAGUAAAGCAUAUAGUUUGUUACAUGAUGAUAAAUGAUACGGAGAAAAAUUUUAAAAGCAAGAGAAUAGGGUUUGGGAAAGGUUACGAUUUUAAAUGGAGUGGUCAGGGACAGUAUCACCGAGACUUUUAUUCAGAAGUGGCAGGGACCAAAGCUAUCCUACGGGAAUUUGCAAUGAGAUCUUCUUUGCCCAUGAAGUCCUUGCCAAGUCUGUCUUGGUCUUUCCUGAGAAUUCUCUCCCCCUUGAUUUUAGCCCUAAUUAAUUUCCGACCUUUGAAAUGCCAGCCCCCGUACUGCCCUUACAUGGGGUUCAGACUGGACAUCCAGAAGUCUCCGUGUGUGUUCUCGUUAGCUUUCAGUCCGGGGGGGGUUUCUGCCGCAGUGUGAAUCACUUAUUUUGCUGGCAACAGCAGUUGACAGUGGCACUCAUUUUUAAAGCCUGCACAUUUUGUAUCAGAAAAGUCCUGGAUGUUAUGACUUGGCUGUGCUUGGAGGAUAAUUGCAACAGGAAGUCUCCCCUUUAGCCAGCUUAUUGGAGCUGAGACUUGUGUAAGAGUCAGGCCUGGCACUUUAAACAGCCCAGCAAGUAACCUAAACCAAGCUGAAUGACGCACAUUUUUCUCUCUGCUGGUCUUCCCCAUCAUGAACACAUACUUCUUUUUUCCCCUCCUUCACCCUCAGUUUUUCUAUAGAAAUUCAAGGGCUGACUGUACCAAGCUAGCUCUCUGGGCGAGAGGUUUCUUCUAACAAGGAUUAGAAACCUCUCUCCCGUAGAAGGAGGUGGAUUUGGGGGAUUAUGUGAUCCAACCCUCUACCUUCGGACAGAAUACAAUCAAGAUGUCUCCCCGGGACAACAACUGCUUUUCCGGCAAGUUCUCUUUGUUAAGCCAUGCUGGCGUUCCUCAAAUCCCUUGUUCUGACUGUCUGCAGUUCUCCAUGCUCCAUCACCCUUUUUUAGCUAAGAAAAGCAAUUGCCUCCUUCCCUCUUGUAGAGAAGUUGAGCCACUACCUUGACUUCCCCCUUCUCUUCCAAAAAACGUUGCAAUUCCUUUAAUUAUCUUUCCCAUCCUAGGGUGUCCUCUCCACACUCACCAUAUUCUCCAGAUAAAAAUUCAAAACUGAGCAAGACCUGUGCCUUUCCAUCCAACCCUCCUCAUCGAAAACUGUUAUUACUCAGGCAGCAAAGACCUGCUUUACCGUCUGAGGCCUUUGGUCCUAGUAAUUUCUCUCACCAGCUUCUAGUCCUAAUAAUUUCUAUGUGUUAAUGCUCAGAAACACUCCUGAGACUCUCAGUGAAAAAAUCACGGGAAUCCUAAUGGCCAAAACCUCGUGUUACCUCCAACCCUUCUUUCCAGGCCAUUUUCUCCUGUAGCCCCUCGCCCCUGACUUGUCUUCCAGCUUCUGUGGACCAUGAAGGCUGCCGAAGGGUCUCACUAUGCACUUCCCUGGGCCGCCAGCCCUUGCCAAUGGCUUCUCCCUCCCUUCUGGCUGUGGAGAGCUCACUCAUUCUUCAAGACCCAGUUCAUAUGUCCUCUCUGUCAAGCCCUCCCAGAUGCCUUUGCAGAUGGCCUGCCUCAGGCCCUUUGCACCUGCCUCUGCUGAGAACACUGUUGCCUCCAAUCUUUGCGUAGAUGGCUCCUCCUCAUUAUGCAGGUGUGAGCCCAGAGUUCACCUUCUCAAUGAGUCUUCCCUGAACACUUAAAUUGCAAAACCCCAUUACACUCUGUCCCAUUUGUAUGUUGUUUUGUUCAUAGCACUAAUCACUAUGUGAAAUUACUCUUUCAUUGACAGUCUUCUUCCAGGAGAUUAAAAAUACCAUGAGAAUAAAGGGCAAGAUCCUUAUUUUCUGUGUGUCCCCAAAUUUGGUGCCCAGACCAUAGCCAGUGCUCAGAUAAAUGAAAGAAAUGGCUGCAGCUUCCACUCUGUUCGUGGCACCCUCAGACACACAGUCGCCCCUUCUAUCUGCUGGGGACCGUCUCCAGGACAUCCUCCCAUCUCUACUUGAGAUCCCCCAGUAGAAAUAUAUUGACAAAUUUCCUUUCACACAUGCAGAGGUUGCCUCAAUUUCAAUGUGAGAAUAAGAAGGUGAAAUUUUGAACUAAGAGAUGGAAUCACUUAUCAGAAACGAAGGCUUCUCAGAGUAAAUGUAAACUCUACGAACUUUGGUCAGUAAUGUGAACACAUUUCCUCCGCCAUGAGCUUCUCCCUCACACACAGACACUGCUGAUCUCAGUCAUGGCCCCAAAGUUUCUUUUCUUUUGAUUUUGCGUUUUCUUCUUUCUGCACAUGUAUGAAUGCAAGCUGAAUAGUCAGGUUCCUGAAAUGGGUCAGGAUUAGGUUUUCCUUAAAUCUUUUUCUCAACAGAAGCCAAACACUUGAAAGAAGGGAGAUGGCUGAUUGAAUUCUGGAACAAGAGUUACGUUCCUAGGCUCUUGGUUCAUUUGAGCUUGGCUAGAGGGAAAUACUGUGUGCUUCUGUGCACAAGUUACACUCAACACACGCCCUCUGGAAGCGGGGGUAAGCUUCAGCUCGGGCUGUCCGUGCACAGUGUGGUUCAGAGGCUGCCCUUUAACCUGUGUGGCCAGAGAGAAUAAAUCAAGCCAGCAGUGCUGUCUCCCUGCUGACUGAAGGCGCCCGGCCUUAUCAGGGAGCCCCAAUGUCUUGUGCUUGCAGCUGCUGUGACAUGUGGAAGCAUUAACGCUUCAUUGCCAGCCCGUGGGCCGGUUGAAUGCCGACGUGUAGGUGCCUGGUGUUUUCUGGUCUGCUACAUGAAUAGGCGUUAAAAGUUGGUGAUUAGGAGUUUGCUUGCGUUCAUUCCUUAAAAGCAACAUGAUACAGAGCCCUGCCAUGGCGGGGGUGAUGGGUUGUUACCAAAGUUGGUAACAGGAAGUCUUACUGAGGAUAAACAGAGCUCAUCCGCCACUGCCGAGAAACACAUGGUUCUCAUUUAACCUGCCAAGGACUAAUGGUGUAUGCUUCGGAAGCACAAAAACAGGAAAUCACUUUUCUGACACACGCCCCAAGUUUCUUCAGACCAAAAGGAACGCCUGAACGUUGUUAGACGCUGAGAAGUAAUGAUCUCCCCAGCUGUCACUGAGCCAAUCUCACUUACUUCUCUUUAAUCUAAAUUUAUGACCUAAAGCGUAUUUCAGGCCUCCCAUGAAGUCCUUGAAACUUGAGACUUAAUGAAUGACACCGAGGUUUCACUUUUCACUGCUCUGGUGUGUGUACGCUCAGAAAAGUAGUGGAAGAGGUUAGACACGUGGUGAUGCAGGAAUCAUGGCAUCCAGAAAAUGAGCAUCAUUUGCCGUUUGAUAAAAGGGAGCUAAUAAAGCAAUAGAUGCAGGAAAUGCAGAGACAGCGCAGUGAAUCAAGAGGUGUGCUGCCCUAGCUUUUAACAGAAGAUGGGUCUGAGCUUCAUUCUUUACCUUAAGAUGGGUCCAAGAGCUACAACUGAUAUUUAAACAAGUAGAUACAAUUCCAAGGACCAUAUUGUGUCUCAUAUGGGGGCUACUGACUCACUUAUUACCCAAAUCCACAGACCAUUCUGCUUCCAAAAUAUUAUCUGUGGAAGGAAAAUAUUUUUGGUAUGCAUAUCAAGUGCUCAGAUAACAUAUUUAUGUAUUGCUUUUUCACGAAAGAGAAUCUGACUGCAUCUGGAAAUUCUUUUGUGUCACUGCCUCUCUGAGACUACUUCCCAUCUGUAUCGCUUUAACUCCAAUAAAAGGCCAUCCCCAUGCCUGGGAAAUGAGCUUCGUCUGGGGAACAUGUCUUUCUCUGAUUACAUGUAAAUUAAUUAAAGGCCAUCCCAUUUUACAGGGCAGCCUGGUGGUGGCGGUCUGCACUCUUGACUUUCCAGCAUGUUGGCCUGUCACACGCAAAGGAAGAGGGGGGAAGGGAGGAUGCAGGGGCAUUGUUUCAGCCAAACCCUAAAGCAGAUGGAAGUGAAGUCCACUGAAUUUUAUCAUGAGAAGGGAAAUCGUUCAUGAAAUAAUGGCAGCCUCACAGAGAAGUCAGAAUUGUGCAAUGGAGUACACGCUCCCUUUCCUCUGAAACAUUGGUCUGGAGGCUUUGCCCCUUUAUUUUCUGUUUCAGGUUUGGUCUCAGUAACACCCUGACCUUUUCAGACCCCAUACCACUUUUGCAGGGAUGGCUGCCUUAAAGAGAUGGGGAAAGGGUUGGAAAAACAUGUAUUUUAUUUAGAAGACAGUUUUCAGUUAGAAAAAGAGAAGACAUCUAGCGUUAAAGUGACGAUCUUUUCCUUUCUGUGAUUAAAUGAUACUGGGUCAUCCUUUUACUUCCUGCUCCUCCUGCUCCAUCCCCAGCUCUGCAGGUUUGGAGUGGGCUGUCACCUGAUUUUGUUUACCCGUUUCAAUUUAAAGACAGAACUCUUUAUUUGAACACUGAAGCUAGCAGGGACUGUCCAGAGCUAGAGCUUCAUAUUAGCCUAGCUCAUGUUGUCAUCGUCAGACGGUUUUUCUACUUUGGAUUGUUUUCUAUUUGUAUAAAUACCUUGGAACCACUAGCUACACUGAGGGGUAGAUAUCAGAAAAUCCGAACUUGCUGCGCUUAUGAACACGGGGUCUCUUUUCACAAAGCAAAAGAAUCCAUCACUCUUGAGAAGGAUGUACCAAAGGAUGUCAUUGAAAACUCCUCAUUACCUUCAAAUGGGGCGAUGCACACACACGAGAAACAGGAAGUUAGCCAGGUUCACGUUUAGGAGAAUCUAUGAUCAUUAUUGCUGUUUCUCUGACCUUACGUUAAAUAGCGUCAUUGCAAUUGAAAAAUGAGAACAGAUGAACAGAGCCUGUGAGCAUCCAUCCUUUGUCGGCUAUGCUGAGUCAGCGUUAUUACAGGUUUUUCAAAUGAAUGGUGAUACGUAAAAGUAUUUGUCUUAGGAUUCAUUAACAUUAUCUUUUAGUCUUCGGUCAAUAUGAAGAAACACUCAGUAGUAAAUCAUAGCAACACGAUUUAACAUGAAAUAUAAUUUGAAGGGUUCCUUAAGGCUGUGAAGUAACCAUUAAUCAUGGUUUGCAUUUUUCUGGAUGAAUAUUAUUUGUCUUUCUAGAAUUAGACACCUUAGGUCAGUCUAAUCAAGCAGCUGGUAUCAUUUGUCGGUUAUUGUGUGAGUCCUAGCUUUAUUUCAAACCCUGCGGUCCUAGAAUUAAUGUCAGCACAGCCAUCGUGAUAUGCGUCCAGCCUCCUGGGCUGGAAUAGGGGCUUACUGUCUUUUGAGGCCUUGGUCCUCGGAGUAAGCAGUGGGUGAUUGAAUUAGCAAAGAAGGCAUUCAAAACAUUCUCUGGGUUUUCAAGCUCAAGGAACCUGUGACUUCAGAGAAGCAGGCGAUAAGUCAGGGUGCAGGGCAUGUUUACCCCGUUGCCAUCAGCUGUGAUUGGUAUAAUAUGAUCCGGAAAAGUGGCCCAGGGAUGUAACAGAAAACAUGAAGUCAGUGAUUGACACGGAAACAUGAGUUAACAGGAAACACGUGUUACUCAAACGUGUCCAAGCCAAUCAACAAACAUAGCUUUUACAUCAUAGCUUUGAGGUUUUUUUUACCCGAAAACCACACUGGGGAUGACUCCAGCUGUGGCUCAUAGGGCGCUCUAUUGUCAUUUGGUUUGUGCCUCUGCUAAUUUAAUCUUCAAUUUCCCUUUUAUUGGCGAUGCAUGCACUCAAGGGGCAUCAAGCCAGGGACACUUUGGUGACCCUCCCUAUCCUUGGAGCCCCAGCCAGCUGAUGGGGCGGGUACUGGUAGAAUGGUGAACUGGUAGAAGCAUCUGUGCUUCCACCUGUUAAAAAUAUACUAACAGACCGGGUGACAUGGCUCACACCACUCAUCCCAGCACUUUGGGAGGCCAAGGCAGGCAGAUGAUCUGAGGUCAGGAGUUUGAGACCAGCCUCACCAACAUGGAGAAAACUGUCUCUAUGAGAAAUACACAAUUAGCCGGGCACAGUGGCACACGCUUGUCAUCCCAGCUGCUCAGGAGGCUGAGGCAGGAAAAUGGCUUGAACUCUGGAGGUGGAGGUUGCAGUGAGCCGAGAUCAUGCCAUUGCACUCCAGCCUGGGCAACGAGAGCAAAACUCUGUCUCAAAAACAAAACAAAACAAAAAAAUUAAUAAUAUCGCAUAUUGAAUGAAACUACAACUUGUUUCUUUAAUUUUGAGAGAGAUUAAUCCACAUGAUCUAAAUCAUACAUUCUCAUACAUUCUCCUGCUUCAAAGCUUUCCCUGGUUCCUAUAACCUUCUGGGUAACUAUCCCCACCAAGCCACGUGUAAGACUUGCCACACACCCUCCUCCGUGUCCAGGCCCAUCUCUCCUACCUCAGUCUGGCCCCCACUACCCAGCAUUCCUCCAGUGCUUCACCUGCAUUGAACUCCUCUGCUCUCUAGACUCAAGUCUCAAGUUGGCCCCUCCACACUUUAGCACAUGCUGUUCUCUUCCUGGAAUUCCCUUCUCCCUUUACUCUUGAGUUUUCUUUACCCUUUGAAGUCCACCUGCAAUGCCACCUCCUCUGAGUCAGAUCAUGAGAGAGGCUGACUUCCUGGUGGAGGGAGAAAUUCGUAGGUGGGAUUUGUAAUCUCAUUAGGAGCCGUGCUCGGAGAGACUGCAAACAGGUAAACAGUGAGGUGGCGGUCAGUGUGUGUUUGGCUCUAGUAUGUGGAAUAGCAACUAUGCAACCUGCUGCAGGGAAGACGGAGUGGGGCAGAGCAUCCUGGCGGGGACUUUGGAGAUGUGCUUCUCAUACAUGACAGGUUACCUAACCUCUCUGGGCCUCAGUUUUGUCAUCUGUAAAAAGGGGUGGAAAUUAAGGAGACCAGAAGUUAGAGCUUACGUGUCACAUCCCUGAUAAAUAUCUCUGUGUUGCUGUUCUAGCUGGUUCACUCUAAAAAGUGUCCCAGUUUAGACAAUACAUUAUAUGGUCUACUGAUAGUUAUGCCCUCCACACAUGGGUGCCGUGAGGAUUCAGCGUGUGCCAUUCUCUUAGAACAGGACCCAAUGUUAGUAUUAUUUCCAUCGAUAUCUGAACUCAGUAUAGAGACAGGACGAUAAGCAAUUUCCCAGGGUGAUGUGCUUGGAGCAUGACACUUAGGAAAAAGGUCAGAGGACUUUUCUGCCUCUUCAGUGUUUGGACCCAGGCCCAGGGACUGUGUUCCGCUGCUCUGUUCUGGGGCCCUGUGGGAGGGAACCUGUGUCCUCUCUCUUGCUCUAGGUCGACAGACAGCUUGUAGAGGUGCCUGACUGAGCUCCGUCUCCUGAGCCUACAACAUGGAAAUGCCCUGUUUCCUCCCAGCCCUUUAUCAGACCACCUCAGCCUGCAGAAUAAAAGCUCUAGGCUUCCCUUCUCCGUCUGGGAUCAGAUGAAGCUAAGGGUCCGCUCUCUUUCUCAGUGUCUCACCUAUGGAAUCAGCCCCAACCCACACUUCCAACCCAGUACUUCAUGAAGCAACAUCUUGCCAGAUCCCCUAAAGUGAACAGGGGACACUUCCUCUUCUCACAGGCCUGGCACCGUGGUGACUUCUGACCAUGAUGGCUCCCUUGAUCGAGCCUGACCCAGACUCUGCCACCAGGUGAUAUUCACUCCACAGCCAGGGCGCCUGACAGUUUCCCCAGUCACCACCGUCUCAUGGCUUCAGUUUAUACAGUGUCCUCUUCGGGGUCAGGGGGAGGACAGAUGCCAAUAGAAAACCCUCAGUACCUGCCUUAGUAGAAUGCAGCCAUGUCACUGGGUCCAGCAUUCUCCUGUCCUUGUUUGGGUGCCUGGUGAAGUCCUUUUGUUCAAAUUCUGAUAGCCAGGGACCUCUGCCAGCUCCCAGAGGCCCUGGGAGAUAAGCAGCCAUGUCAUGAGAAGAAUUUGGACUCUGAUAGCCUGGGGAAUAAAUGAGGAGUGAGUGGGCAGAGAAGAGCAAGGGGGUGAUGGCCACAGAGUCCUUGGCUAGCCAAAGAAGUGACAUUGUUGGUCAUUGGCCGGGGGUGCUUGGGUGGUCUGCAACACAUGAAAAAAGCACCACAUUCCCUGGACUCUGAGCAAAGAGGGAGGUUAAAACCGAGUUGUGGGGGAUGGAUAGUAAUUGCUCAUCUGUGUGAUAAGAUAAGGUAGCCCCCUGCUGUAAUGAAAAUGCACAGCUAGUUCAUGAAGUGAGGAAUUAGCAACUGGGGACAACCCGAGUGACUGCCUAUAGCAACAUUCUCACGUAUAGAUGAGGAAACCGAGGCCCCGGAGACCUAAACCGACACUGCUGUUAGCCGGCGGUGCUUGGGCUGAAGCCAAGACUAUCGAGUAAUCAUCAAGAGCGCCUGUACCACAGAACUGCUUCACUGGGGCCAGACACGACCUUGGACAAGUUGCUAAACUCGGGGACCUCUGUUUCCUUAUCUGUCAGCUGAGGCCACAAGGACUGCGUGAUCUCGCAGCUGCCUUCCAGAAACAACAUUGCAGAAUGCCCCGUUCCCCGUUCCAGCCCAAGUGCCUCUCUUCAGUCUGCAGGCACUUUUAUCUCCCAUGGUCUAGGCAGGGGGCAUUUUUUUUGCCACAGUGGCAGAAAUGGCUCAUGCUGGAGAAUGCUGCGAUCUCCAGGCUAUUGGUUUCUUCUGACCACAGUAAGAAGAGGAAAGGAAGCUUUCCCUCCACCUCACUCCUGCCCCAGCCUCAUCCUCAGCUUCCACCUAAGAGACAGUGCUGGGAACUGGUGACAAGCAGAUGUCUGGAGCUGUGUGACGUCUGUCCCAGCCCAGCUCUGUGGCCCUGCUACCUGGGGGACCUCUGGUGGUCAUGGGGCCUCCUGUUGCCUCUCAGUUUCUCCAUCUGUAAAAUGGGGACAGUAGGCCAGGUGCAGUGGUUCACACCUGUAAUCCCAACACUUUGGGAGGUUGAGGCAGGUGGAUCAUUUGAGGUCAGGAGUUCGAGACCAGCCUGAAUGAACAAUAUGGUGAAACCUCAUCUCUACUAAAAAUAAAAAUAAAAAAAAAAUAGCCGGGUGUGUUGACAUGUGCUUGUAGUCCCAGCGACUUGGGAGGCUGAGACAGGAGAAUUACUUGAACCCAGGAGUCAGAGGUUGCAGUGAGCUGAGAUCACACCACUACACUACAGCCUGGGCAACAGAGCGAGAAUUUGUCUCAAAAAAGGUUGGGGGGCAGACAGUAAUAGCACCUGGCUCAGGGGAUUGCAGUGAGGACUGAACGUUAAUGUGUGGAAGGCACUGAGAGCCUGGCCUGUAGAAAGGGCCACGCGAGUCUUAGGUGCUGUUGCUGUGGCUGUCGCAUCGGUACCCAUUCAAUACUCGUAGAGGAGCCCCCCUUGAUGACCGUGGCUAGGUACUGAGUUCCUGAGUGUAGCUGAGGGCUGAGGGCACAUCUGCAAUAGGAUUAGCUGAUCUGAAUCGGACUCAUGCAGCACUAGGCAACCUUCAAUCUCCUUUUGAAAGGGGACCACCCCGAACCUUCCAGAAAAACGUUGCUUUUCCCGAUUGAAAUGAUUCCCAUGUAACCGCAGUCGGGAGCACAACUGGCCAAGAUUUUCAUUCACCACAGACUCAGUCCUCAUUUCCGUCUUCCAGAUCCCACCAGGGCAGAUUAGGUGUCACAUUGCAUCACAUCACGCCGUCCCAUUACCCUGUUCACAGGCCACCCCAGAAACUCCCCACGGGAGACAGAAGCUAAGUUCUGAACUGUGACUCUGCCUCUUGGGGUUGACACUGAGACUUAGGCUGUUUCUCGCCCGCUUGCCCUGCCUUUCCCAGAUUCCUGCCCCUCUCUGCUGGCAUCUGGUCUCAUGGCCAGAUGACAGCGCCAGCUCUUUAUACCUGAAACACAUCAUCAAGGCUAGCUGGGCUGGGGCUCUGCUCCCAAACUUCCUCUCCCUGCCUAGAAACCCGAAGCCCUGAUGUGCAGAGCAAGGAGGAACUCUGCUCCCACGCCUGAUUUUAAUGAGGGACGGAUGCAUCCUGCAGGGCUCAGAGGUUCUGUUUCUCUAAAUCCAGACCAAACGUGUUUGGGUGGCCUGGCCUUAUAAUCUCAGUAGAAGAAUGUGCGUGCCACAGGCUGCAGAAAACAGUUUCCAGCGGUCUGUCAGCAGAUGCCCACUCCAGAAGACAGGGGACAUGGAGACCCACAUGCUUCUAAGUGAGAAAAUGAGUGGGUAUUGAGAAUCCAACUACACACAUUUGGAUUCUCAAACGCCUUGUAAACGUAAAUGUUUUCCAUCCACAAUGUACUAUAUAUGCCUAAAUAUAGGGCAAGCCCCAAAUAGCGUAUCCCCCAUUUCCGUAAUUAGGUAAAUUUAACCCUCUUUUUCUUGCCAACUUAAUAGGAAUCAGAAGUAUGGUUUGCCUUCGAGGUGGGGGGAGUGGGCAGUGGGCAAUGACUGGCAAGGGACUGGUGGGAACUGUCCGGAGCGAUGGACGUGUUCUGUACAUUCAUGGGGGUGGUAGUUAUGGGUGAUAUCAUUCAUCAAACUGCACCCCUGCCAUGCAUUUUAAUGAAAGUAAAUUUACCUCAAUAAAAAAAGU